CUAGCCGGAUAACAGUGAGGUUUUUCAAAAUCCCAGGUAUAUUGAGGGUUUUUAGUUUAUGUACAUUUAAAACCAAUGUAUAGCUGUCUACUCGUCAUUGCAUGUUUUUACAGGACUUUUAUGCAUCUGCACUUCUGUGGUUAAACACUUGAUGGCAGUAGCGAGCUAUUCUGUCUGCAGCUAAUCGUUAUAAUACACGAAGAACAAAACCCGCGACGCUGUCCGGAAGUGUAUUCAAUCUGUGAUAUCCCUCUCAUUAUACUGGAUGAAACAUUCAUUAUUUUAACGAAUGAUGUUUGAAACUUAAAGACGUGUUCGGCAACUUUACAUCCGGCGGUCGGCGGGUGUCUUGGAGAGAUGGCGGCAUUCCAGUGUGGUUGACGACGGCAUCCCCGGAGCUGAUGCACCAUGAUCCCCGUGUCUCUACUAGUGUGCGUGAUGGCAGCCUGGAGUGCUGUGUACCUCGCAGACACACUGCUGAGGUCGUCGCCCACACACCGGAUCAGCUAUGAGUCCUGGUUGGCCAGACGAGGUCUGAUGUUGUCCCCCUUCCACUUGAGGUGGCAGACCUGCAUGUUCAACAGACUGUUUGCGUACUGCUCGCGCAUCCGGCCUCGAGCGCUCUACCUGUGGUUCAACAGUGGUCUGGUGUUUGGGCUGGUGGCCAUGUUGGUGUCGGUGGUGCUGCUGGUGAAAACAUUACAGCAGACCCUCGCCCAGAUGACCACCGACAAUCCUCGCAUGGGCGCCCAGCAGGCUCUGCAGGUGGUGGUGCCCGGCGUCAACCUCCCCACCAGUCAUCUGGCGUACUUCUUCCUCGCCCUGUUGCUCAGCGGUGUCAUCCACGAGCUGGGUCAUGCGGUGGCAGCAAUGAGGGAGCAAGUACGAGUGAACGGCUUCGGCAUGUUUGUGUUUGUGGUCUAUCCCGGCGCCUUCGUGGACCUCUUCACCACACACCUGAACAUCGUGUCGCCCACACAGCAGCUUCGCAUCUUCUGCGCCGGAGUGUGGCACAAUUUUGUGCUGUGUGUGGCGGCGUUGGCGUUCCUCUUCCUGUUGCCGCUGUUCCUGUUCCCUUUAUACACCAGCGGCGUAGGGGCUCUGGUCACUGAGGUUGCACCGGGUUCAGCUGCCGAUGGACAGCGGGGCCUUUCCGUGGGGGACAUCGUGACGGCCCUGGAGGAGUGUCCCGUCAGCGGAGUGGAGGAUUGGCACAGCUGCCUGUCUCACCUCUCUCACACGCCGCAGACGGGAUACUGCGUCCCCGCCGCCAGCCUGCAGCCCAGCUGGGCCCACGGACGAGCGUUCAAGCGCCUGGAUGGCACGAUGGACUGCUGCAGCAACAACAGCCUGACGGACCUCUGCUUCUCUUACAUCAAACCGCAGAGCCGCGAACGAGAGUACGCCUGCAUGCCGGUGCGUAAGAUGGUGACGGGUACCCAGGUGUGUCGCAGCGACCGCGACUGCGACUCUCGCACCAGCCUCAGCGUUUGCGUCACGCCCUCCCUGGAGAACCAGACCCGCUUCAUCCGGGUCACGCACCCCCCCGCCGCACACAUGCUGUUUGUGGGGUACCCGCCGCAUCUUCAGCACGCUGUGAGUCUCACCAACUUUGUGCCCCGCUUUGGUUUCCUCCACCUGGACCUGCCUGUCUUCUUGGAGACAUUCUGCAAGUAUGUAUUUUCCCUGUCAGGCGCCUUGGCCGUGGUCAACUCCGUGCCGUGCUUCGCUCUGGACGGCCAGUGGAUGCUCAACGCCUUGCUGGAGGCCACGCUGGUCAACGUGGUGACGGACCGCCAGAAGCGCGAGCUCAUCGGCUUCUUCCUGCUGCUGGCCGGGAGUGCCCUGCUGGCCGCCAACGUGGCGCUGGGUUUGUGGAUGGUCACGGCGCGGUAGCCGUGAUGGUCAGUCCCUAUGUGGAAAUACGAAAAAAAAACCUGAUGCUAGCGUGUGGACCACUAUACUGUGAAGAGACUACGUUACCCAGCAGCCCCCAGGUUUGCCUUUUAUACUGUAGUACUACCGCAUCAAACCAAGAGAAGCACAUGUGUGAAUUAAAUGCAGUUGCUGUAUGGAAGGAUGUGGACGUGGUUAAUGUGUGUCAAUGUCUCAUUUUGGGGAAUUCAUUGAUUUACAGGAGGGGAAUUACUUCAGCUCCAGCAUCCCCCCCCCUUUUCAAUUGCCUUUGAUCACUUGCAUCACAAGCCCUAAACAAAAAGUGAAACCGAUGGGAUUUAGCAUGUUUAGAUGUUUACAUUUAAGUAUAUUGGACUUGGGUAACAUGUCAGGAUCAACCUAAAAUGCACCAAAAGAGGAAAAUAAAGGGAAAUUAAUCUGAAGUUACCACCAACUGGGCUUCUCUAUGUGUUCUCCCCGUGCAUGGGUUUUCUCCGGGUAUUCCGGCUUCCUCCCACAUUCCAAAAACAUGCUAGGUUAAUUGGCGACUCCAAAUUGUCCAUAGGUAUGAAUGUGAGGUGUUAAUGGUUGUUUGUCUAUAUGUGCUUUGUGAUUGGCUGUCCAGGGUGUACCCCGCCUCUCACCCGAAGACAGCUGGGAUAGGCUCCAGCAUACCCACAAAUGUAUGUAUGGAUGGAUAGAAUCCUUGUCUGAAGUCUUCCCCCUUUCUAGUGAUUGUAUAAUUGUAAUUGUCUUGCACUGUGUUGAUGUUGGAGAUGAUGAAAAAUAAAGUCUGUCAGGUUUCAUUUGUA